AUGUCCCACUUUGGCGUCGUGGAGCACACAGCUCGGUGUCAAAAUGUCCGACAGCGUCCGGGUGCCGUGAAAGCUGGUCAUGAAAACGAGCUGCGACUUUCUGUUAAGCAGUACAUCCCACUCAAUAAUCCUCACCCGAAGGAAGGAGAUGUCACUAUUAUUGGGGCGCAUGCAAAUGCGUUUCCAAAGGAACUGUACGAACCCCUUUGGGAUGACCUUUACAAGCAGCUCGCAAGUCAAAACAGACGCAUCCGAUCAAUUUGGAUUGCAGAUGUUGCUCAACAGGGACAGAGUGGUGUUUUAAAUGAAGCCAUCUUAGGCCAUGACCCCGAUUGGCUCGAUCACGGGCGUGAUCUUCUGUUCAUGAUAAAUCAGCUUCAGGACCAGAUCCCUCAACCACUUGUUGGCAUCGGUCACAGUAUGGGUGGAAUGCAGCUAGCCCACCUGUCUUUAUUGCACCCAUCCCUAUUCGAGGGUCUUAUCCUGCUCGACCCGGUGAUACAGCGCGAAAACCCAGGCCGCAAAUUCGCCCAGACAUCUACUUAUAGACGAGACAUAUGGCCCUCACGCGAGCAAGCAGCAGCUAGAUUCAAGUCAAAUCCAUUCUAUCGAACGUGGGAUCCCCGCGUCUUCGGCCAAUGGAUCCAGUACGGGCUACGAGACCUUCCGACCCCAUUACACCCCGUCACAGACGAAACUGGACCUUCCGCCGUUACUUUGACUACAACCAAGGCACAGGAGCUAUUCUACUUCGUACGGCCUUCGUAUGUUGACGAGCGAUCCGGACUUCCCCGCGGUAACCCUGAAGAGGAAAUGCAUCCGGAUGACCAUGAUGCUGAUUAUCCUUUUUAUCGACCUGAGUCGGCAUGGAUGUUUCGUCGGCUGCCACAUUUGAAGCCACCUAUUCUCUAUCUGUUUGGGGAACAGUCGGAUCUGUCUUCUCCAAUUGCUCGUCGGGACAAAGUGGUAACAACUGGUACGGGUCUGGGAGGUAGUGGGGGUGCAGCGCGGGGACUUGUUGAGGAAGUCGUGCUACCCAGUGGCCAUAUGUUUCCAAUGGAGCUGGUAAAAGAAACUGCUGAAGCUAGCGCGGCGUUUAUUGACAAGAGGUUAUCUGAUUGGGAGUCGAGGGUUGCGACGUUUCGCAGGGCGUGGGAUGGAGUACCUCAUCAUGAACGGCUGAGCAUUGAUGGGCAGUGGGAGAGGAAUAUAAAUGGCUCUUCAAAGCUUUAA